AUGUCAACGUGGAAAGCAAGGCUCGCCAAAAGACUGAAAUUUCCAUGUAGAACGAUGCACCCGUUCCCGUGCUCAGCCCUGCUGGCCUGUUUUGGGAAUACGAGGGAGACUGCUCCCUUCGACCAGCCCAGUACAGCCGAAGCUCAUUCCACCAUCUACGAUCAGCCCGUGGCCAAAGCGGGCCGACAACCAAGUCACUCAGGAGGAGAAGGAACUUUAGAAAAAAGGCAAGAUUCCAGCACCCAUUCGGAGAGAAAUGGCAGUGCCAAUCGGAAUUCAAGGAACCACACUGCUGUCCAGCCUACUGGGACCUCUGAGGAUGGGCCUGGGUCCCUGGAUGCUGAAUUGGACUGUGAAGCGGUUACUUUUGAGACUCCUAUCCCCAGAGCAUCAAUUAUUGAGCUGCCAACGGAAGAAGAUGAAUCCCAAGAAGAACCUAGAUGCCUCCAGUUGGAACAGAGGACGACGUCAGACAGUCCGUUCGAGGAUCCCGACCUUAAGGACGCAUAUCUCAUUCCAAGAAACAUCAUGGCUGAGCCAGACUAUAUAGAAGACGACAAUCCUGAGCUAAUUAGGCCCCAGAAACUUGUCAACCCCGUGAAAACGUCCCGCAACCAUCAGGAUCUUCACAGAGAACUUCUUAUGAAUCAGAAAAGGGGUCUUGCCCCUCAGAAUAAGCCAGAACUGCAGAAGGUGAUGGAAAAGAGAAAACGAGAUCAAGUCAUAAAGCAGAAGGAAGAAGAAGCACAAAAGAAGAAAUCUGACUUGGAAAUAGAACUAUUAAAACGGCAGCAGAAGUUGGAGCAGCUCGAACUUGAGAAGCAGAAAUUGCAAGAAGAGCAAGAAAACGCCCCGGAGUUUGUGAAGGUUAAAGGCAACCUUAGGAGAACAGGCCAAGAAGUGGCCCAAGCACAGGAGUCGUAGGCCAGCGCCUCGGAGACAGCGCGCCCUCCCCCACGCCCUGAGCCGUGAGCAGGCGCCUCCCCACCGCAGAGCCCCUGGGAGAGUCCCCUUCAGCAGAGAACUGCUGCUUAAAACGCUUGGCCUGGGUUCACCCGCGGUCCAGUCCGGGUGCAUCAACUACCUGUGGCUGCUGCAGUUCCUGUUCGCCAAACAAAGGAUGUUGACCAGCGCUCACGUUGGGAUAAUGAACCUGUGUUCAAAGACCUAAAAAAAAACAACAAAACAGGAAGAGGGCACUGGAAUAAAUUCUUGAGAGUUGCACUACUUGGUUUUUCUUCCAGUCCAAGUUUAGUGGGGGCACAGAGCCUUUUUUCUUUUAAAAUCUAAAGAGAAAUGAGUUUUAUUCUUUUUUGAGUCAUCUGUUAGAUAAUUUAGAUAACACAGAAAUGCGUUUGGUAUGUUACAUCCAGUAUUUGUCAAUUCUAUUUUGAGAACCCCCAAAUUUUCUCGUUUAAAAUAUCCUUUCACCUAUGUUAGGGUUCACACCCAAGACGUUGAUAUGGAGCACAGCUAUUUUGUUGACAUCAGUAGGGCGAGAAGAUUUAAAAACGUGAACAAAAACACGUUAACAAAAAUUCGUAAAUGUCCAUCUUGAUCUUAUUUUAAUUCCUUUUGGUUAUGCUCCAUGGUAACAUUCAAGUUCAGAGACGGCACAUAAUAAAGAUCCAGUCGUUGCAUUAAUAACUUAGGGUUUUUGACAUUUUAAAAAUUUUUUGCUGAGCUAGUCCUUUUAUCUGAAACAAUCUCCCCAUCCUUCAGAGAAUAAAAACCAGUCCAUGGAACCCAAAUUCAAUGUCAAAAGUAGAGGAUUCAAACCUUUGAUCCCUCCUAAGAGCAGUGUGGGGGACAUUCCCACUGGGAGCGGGGCAAGGAGUUCUUCGGGUAUUUUAAUGUGAAGCACAUGUAGAUUGGUCUCAAGGAGCCCUAGUUGGAAGAUUCAUAGCAUCUGUCCAUGUUGAAUAUUAUUAGAAUCCACGCUUUGAAAAUUUCUGGGUAAUGGUCACCUUCUUAUUGCCUUUUUUUUUUUUCUUGUGAAGAAAGUCUCGAUCUCCAGUCUCUUAGUUACAGUGAUGCUGUCGAUAACAGUGACGUCGAUGACUGCUGUGCUGCAUCUCAGGAAACCAGAAGCAAAGGGGGAAGCUGCUCAGGUUUCGCGCUCUAACUAGCGCUACUGCGAGGGAAGCCCGAGCCGUCAGUAAGAGCGAAGCCCUUGCGCAGAAUCCCCUUCUGCUGCUGGUGUGGGACCUUCGACUUGGGGUGGUCUGGAAGAGUGUGUGUAGAGUCAGCACGUCCUCCCUCGGGACGAUGCAGCCGGUCAUUUCUGCAUUGAAAACUCCUCUAAAGGCUCAUGGGAAGCUGGAUCCCAAGCUUUUGAAUCCUUAAUAAGCAUAGUAGAAAUUGGCUUUCUGGAAUGCUUUAGUUUUUGUAGUUGACCAUUAGACUCGCAUUCAGUCCUCAUGUGAGCAAGGUAAAAAUAAACGCGGUGGUCAUGUGCCGCUGGCUAGAGAAUGUGUGGAUUACACCUGGAGUAGGUUAUCUCUCAUCAUCACCAAGUGUUAUCUGAAUAAAAUAGGAGGAGGUACUUAAGGUAAAACGUUGCUGUAUAAUAGUUUGCUUUUGAAAGAUGGAAUAGUAACUUUUUUCCAUCAUUUUUCUUUUUGAGAGAAGAAAGUACGUUAACUGAUCAUCUUGAAAAUACCUUUCUGAUUGCACAUUGACUGGAGUUCUUUCUUUGUGUACAUGGACUAGUGUGAUUUGUAAAAUGAAGUUUCAGGACUGGCACAUACAUAGCUUUUAAUCUAACUACAUGUAAGAUCUUUAGGUUCUAUAGAUUCUGUGUCUUUGAAGCAAUUCUGUCUCUAGAUAAAAUUCUCAAGGGCCCUGACAGCCUCCUUUACAAGUAAGGACCAAUUCUGUUCCUAGAACUUACCUAAGAUUCAUUUUUCAAUGGGAAACAAAUUACAAAAAUAUUUCCCUCUCAAUCUCACAGAUCUGCAGAAUUAUUUGUAGCAAGUAGUACAAGGUCUGGCCAAAAGACAACUUGUAAAUAGGGUACAGUGAUGUCUUACGCCUAAGUAGGGAGAGUGUGGGAGAAGAAGCUCCUGGAAGUCGUUAGAUCCGCCGGGCUCACAGGCCUGAGUUUAAAAAGGCGCCAGUCUCCCCCCACAGUUGAAUACUGUACAGUCCGGACCCCCGGGACUCGUGAACAUCCAAGCAGUUUUGUGCUCUGAGCCACUUUUUGACAAAAAUGGCUCCAUUUUUCCACUCUGUGGUUUUCUUAAAAUAGUUGUUUUAUAGUCUCCUAGUAGUAGUGUUGCUUUCUAAGCUAUAACAGUUGACUUUAUUCUUCUACUCUGAAAAAUCUUGACUUGUUUGAGUGUAUAUAAUAUAUAUAAAAGGAGCCUUAAUGGAUUUGUUUUCAUAAUUUAAUAUUUUUUUGUAUUUGCUCUUGUAUAAUUGUUUUUAACAGAAGGUAUUACAGAAUUGAGGGUGGAAUUCUUAGAACCAAAGUUAUUCUUAAUAAAAAUUGCCACACGCUUGGAUCAUA